CCCUGACUUCCCGCCCCCUCCCCGGUCUCCCGGGGGGCUCCCGGCGGCUACUCAUGGGAGGCAGCUGGGCCUGGGGAGCGCUCCACCACCUCCACCAUGGGGAACAAGCAGACCAUCUUCACCGACGAGCAGCUGGACAACUACCAGGACUGUUCUUUCUUCACUCGGAAAGAAAUCCUUCGGUUGCACGAGCGGUUCCACGAGCUGGCACCGAACCUGGUGCCGAUGGACUAUAGGAAGAACCCCAUCGUCACAGUCCCGAUGCAGCUUAUAAUAAACAUGCCGGAGUUAAAGGAGAACCCUUUCAAGGAGAGGAUCGUAGAGUCUUUCUCUGAAGAUGGAGAAGGAAACCUCACCUUUAAUGACUUUGUGGACAUGUUCUCAGUGCUCUGCGAAACAGCCCCUAGGGAAUUGAAAGCAAGCUACGCCUUUAAGAUCUACGAUUUUAACACUGACAACUUCAUCUGCAAGUCCGACCUGGAGAACACCCUGAGCAGGCUGACCAAGUCCGAGCUGGACGAGGAGGAGGUGGUGCUAGUGUGUGAGAAGGUGAUCGAAGAGGCUGAUCUGGAUGGAGACGGGAAACUCAAUUACGCGGAUUUUGAAGAUAUGAUUUCCAAAGCUCCCGACUUUCUCAGCACUUUCCACAUCAGAAUCUGACAUCCAUCCCCGGGUAUUCCAGCUAGCGGAGAGUCAGGCUCAACCCUGCAGGCCUGCAUUUCGGGCCCUAAGGGGGCUGAAGGGCUCCCAGCUUCAGGCAGCACAGACUGGGUGUGUCCUCUACAGCCUCGCCCGCACAAGCUGACACCCGGCCAGCAGCAACUUCGGAUCCCUCGGGUUUUCAUUCCAAUGUGGCUCCCUGGGGCCUUUUGGAUAAGAAGGGAAUUGGAUUUUUUUCUCUUUGACUUGCAGAAGACAGGCAUGUUUCCUGCUCUUUUUAAACCUAGGAAAACUGAAUGUAAUCCUUUCAGCAAAAAAAAGAACAAACCCAAAAAAAACACAGCCUGGAAGAAGCUGAACUCUGCUGAAUCUUGGAGCAAAAGCAUGGGCCUUAAGAGAGGAAGAUUUGAGGGGCCGGUCUCUGAAGGUGACUCUGUGGUCUAGGUGUGUGUGUGUGUGUGUCUCUCUGUCUCUCAGAUGCACAGAAACCCACUCACUAACCCCUUGAAGUCCCCGAGGACAGCCGGGUCUCAGCCAGGCAGAUAGUUUGGGUUGGUUCGUCUGUAUCCUUGCGGCUCCUGACCUGUUUGCCUUCCCGCCAACUCAUGUGUGUCCAGCUCAGCCCUCUCGGUUCCGGACUUGAAACUAGGUCUCCAGGUCUGUCUCUCUCCAAGGGAAUUCCCGGCCCAGCUCAGACCUCCCCACCUGAGAAGGUUGGACUGUAGAAACUGAAGAAGAAAAAUGAUGGUGGAGGGUGACCGGUUUUAGGUCCCCCAUGAGAAUCCCAAGAAGCACAGCAUCAGGAUCAAGGGCAAAAAACCCCCCCAAAAGACAUUGUUUUUAACCAGCUAUGCAAUUUUUCUCACAAAAUGCUUGAAUGUAUCUCUGUACAUCUCCCUUCCCUAAAAAUGGGACAGAAUUUCCACUUCCAACGCAGCCCUGAGUCAGUUAGGGAUCACGCAGACAGACACACUUUUACAAUUGUCGUUAGAAGGGCUGUCGUCCCUGUUGCUUCUGUAUCAUUACCCUUCACCCCUGCUCCUCCUUGGAUUAAAUGUUUCAACUGAUUGGA